AUGGCUUCUCUUGGAAAUCCAAGAACUUGGAUUCCAUAUAUGAACAGCAAAGACUGUUCUCAAGGAUUUUGUAGCUUGUACUGUCCACAGUGGUGUUACAUAGUCUAUCCUCCCCCACCGCCCUUUGAAUACCCUGAUGAUGAUUCAAGCCCAAAAUUUUCCCCUCUUGUUAUUGCAAUCAUUGGGAUCUUGGCCACUGCUUUUCUUCUUGUAACUUACUAUGCUAUAAUAUCCAAGUACUGUGGCCACAGACAAUCUGCACGCAGAGACAACCCUGACCCAAAUGAUGAAUUGCAAGAUAAUCACAACCCCUCAAUCCAUGAACCCUGGCAUGUUUCAACCACAGGCCUAGAUGAUGCUCUCAUCAAGUCCAUUGAAGUUUUUAAGUACAAAAAAGGUGAAGGUUUUGGUGGAUUCACGGAUUGUUCUGUUUGUCUCAGUGAGUUUCAAGACAAUGAAAUGGUCAAACUAUUGCCAAAGUGCAACCAUGUUUUUCAUCCUCCUUGCAUUGACACAUGGCUCAAAUCUCACUCUAGUUGCCCUCUUUGUCGUUCUAGCAUAUUCACUUUCAAUGCUUCAGUGCUUCAGAUUCCAGCCCAAGUGAUAGAGCUCCCUUCAAGGAAUGAAACUUCAUCAGAAAAUCAACAUUCAAGUGAAAAUGUAGCUGUUGGGAGUGGCAAUGAAUCUGGUGUGGUGGAAGAAGAAAGCAUAAUACAUCAUGGUAGAAGUGAUCCGAAGCAAGAAUUGCGUGCUUUUAGUGAUUUGGGUAAUUUGCAAGGCAGGCACGGAAUAAUUGAGAUUAGAGAAGAAGGAUAUGAAUCCAUUAGAAGGUCAGUGUCUAUGGAUCAUUCGUUUCAUAGUGGUCUUUCAAUUGCUAAUGUUAUUCAUAUAAAUCAAGAGGAAGAUUCUCAAGUAGAAGCUGGAACAUCAAAGAGAUUGCGAGGAGAAAGUAGCAAGUCAAGCUAUAAAAGAAGGGUGUUGCAUUGUGUAUUGAGCCCAAUUGCAAUGAAGAGAUCGUUUUCCAGUGGAAGUUUCUCACUUAGCAGAAGUGACAGAGGAAGACAGGGAAUUAUCCCUGUCUGA